GCCCUGUGUUCGCUAGCUGACACUCGUGCCGUUCUCAAGCCCCCUCGUCCGCCCAAAGUGUAGGUGAUUCGUGAAUCAUGGAUCGAUUCCAUCAUGAUUCAGCCCGGGCCAAAGCCGACGAUUCCUCGUCCAUAGCGGACGGUGUCUCCCUAUCCCGUCGCCGCUACUCGCAGGGCGGACCCCCCGGCAAUGACAGUAUCGAGCUCGAGCGAAUAAACACCUAUCGUCUCCAACAACAACUGACAGUCGGAUCUCGCGGAAGUCGCAUACCACAAGACCAAUGGUUGCCUAUUGGGGCGGGCAAGCCGUAUCCCCCGCCUCUACCGGACUCCGAGGCAUAUGUGGUCGAGUUCGAAGGAGCGGAUGAUCCGAUGCAUCCCCAUAACUGGCCCAUGAAGAAGAGGGUCAUGCUUGGAUCACUUCUCACCUCCUGUGCCCUAGUGACCGCAUACGGCAGUGCGGUGUUUGCAACCGCGGCUUCAGGUGCCGAGAAAGAGUUCGGCUUUGGUGAGGAAGUUGCGGCCCUGGGAACGACUCUGUAUGUCCUAGGGUUCUCGGCCGGCCCAACAGUGUGGGCGCCUAGUUCCGAGCUGCUUGGCCGGCGAUGGCCGCUGUUGCUUGGGAUGUUCGGCUUCGACCUCUUCAUGAUAGCUACUGCCACCGCCAAGGAUACCCAAACCCUGAUGCUGUGCCGUUUCUUUGCGGGUUUUUGUGCGGCCAGUAUCAUUGCUCUGGUGCCUGCUAGCCUGUCUGACGUCUUCAACAACCACCAACGUGGUGUUGCUAUUGCCAUGUACACUAUGUCGGUGUUUACCGGUCCUUUCACAGCCCCAUUCAUCGGUGGAUACACCGCGUCAAGCUAUCUCGGCUGGCGAUGGACGCUAUACGUCCCUGCCAUAGUUGGGUUCUUCUGUCUCGCGUUAAUAGUGUUCUUUACUACAGAGACCUAUGCCCCAAUCAUUCUGGUUCAAAAGGCAGCCAUUCUCCGGCGCCAGACACGGAAUUGGGGCAUCCACGCCCGUCAGGAUGAACUGGAGAUUGAUUUCAAAGAAUUGGUUACCAAGAACCUGGCGCGCCCGUUCCUGAUUCUGUUCACCGAGCCCAUUGCGUUUCUGCUCACCCUCUACAUGUCAUUCAUUUACGGAUUGGCCUAUGCGUUGCUGGAAGCUUAUCCGAUCAUCUUCGAAGGUACCUAUGGCAUGACCGGUGGUACCGCAGGGUUGCCUUUAUUGGCCUUAUCAUUGGUGAAAUCGCCGGUAGCACGUUUGUUCUGUCUUUGUCGGGACGAUAUUCGCGGAAGUUGGCGGCCAACAAUUACGUUGCGGUGCCCGAAUGGCGUCUCCCCCCUUGCAUCGUGGGUGGUGCGGUGUUUGCUGGUGGACUAUUCUGGUAUGAUUCUCUCCACGCAUGUGUACAACGCCAGACUCGGUGGAAAUACUGAUAAGCGGAGCAGGUUCGGUUGGACUGGAUGGAACAGUAACAUUCAUUGGAUGGCACCCACGGCUGCUGGUGUGGCCGUAGGAUUUGGCUUGACUUCCAUCUUCAUGCAGUGCUUCAACUACAUCCUAGAUACGUACUCGAAGUUUGCGGCGUCUGCCUUUGCGGCAAAUACCAUGAUGCGAUCCAUGGUGGGUGCCGUCUUUCCUCUAUUCACGCGACAAAUGUUCAACAAUUUGGGCAUUCAAUGGGCCGGCACAUUGCUGGGAUGCAUUGCUGUGGUAAUGAUUCCCAUUCCGUUGAUGUUCUACCUCUUUGGUGGCCGUCUUCGGCAGAAGAGUAAAUUGGCCCCUGUGAUGGAUUUGAUGCCGCCUGCCGAAGAAGAUAUCAAAGAGGCGUAGAUUAAUAAUGAUCAACCCUGGGCUUUGCUGUAGAUAUAAUACAAUGAUAGACACAACUUAGACUAGAUAACAUAGUCCCCAU